AUGAAUGAACUGGUCGCGUUGGUUCGACUGUUAGGAAACUUCUCCAUGAUGGAUGAUGCCUGCGUCACUGUUGGGCAGCAUUUGUCAGAAGUAUUGGAGCUUAUAACUAGUGAAAGCGAUGUAGUCAAACGCCAGGUCUGGACUGUUCUUUUGAAUCUCUCCUGCAACAAGCAAUGCUUGGAUGUCAUUCUUAGAGCUGAGAGCGUAAAAGAGGAUCUAGUUUCAAGCACAACACUUUUCCUUCAAGAUGGGUUAGAUAAGGAGGCGUUCGCAGAUGCCUGGCUCCUCCUUCAGAUGCUGAAACGCUGCUAA